GUCAUAUCAACCAUGUUUGCACCUGCUCGUGUGACAACGUUCACGUCGCCUGUGUGACGGCGUGCGCGCAAUCAGGUAACCAUCUUCACUUGUUUUCCUUUCCUCUUCUCUUCUUCAGCAUCACUCGCAACUCACCGCCGCAUUGACGUCCUCACGAUGCCUCUUGCUGCUCCAGACUCGUUCGAGCUGGACACGAGAGACACCAAGCCUUUUCUCCGCCAUUCCCUCGACUCCGACUCCAAUUCCGAAGAUGAGUUCGAUCUGCCCAAGCGGUCGGCUCGCGGCUACACAGAUAUCGACUACGACGAUGAGAAACACACUCCACGCGAACUAGAGCCGCCCGUAUGGUCCAGCAACCAGCGAAGACGGACGGGAUGGCGACGACUGAUCCCCACGCGCUUCUGCUGCGGCCUAGUCUCGCUCUUCGUCGUUACCUUGGUCCUGCUCCUGUCAGCUGGGAGCUUCUGGGCUUACAAGGUCGUCCCAAAGCUCGGCCAGUCGCCGCCAUGGUACCCAACUCCAUUGGGCGGAACCGUAGAAGGAUGGGCGAAAGCAUACGAGAAGGCAGCGCGCCUUGUCGGACAGAUGUCCUUGGUCGAAAAGGUCAACAUCACAACCGGUACUGGCUGGCAGAUGGGCCCCUGCGUGGGCAAUACUGGCCAAGUGGAUCGCCUGGGCUUUCCAUCUCUCUGUCUACAAGACGGCCCUCUUGGUCUUCGAUUUGUGGAAAAUGCCACCAGCUUCCCAGCAGGCAUCACCGUUGGGGCUACAUGGAACAAAGAUUUGAUGUACCAGCGAGGAAAGGCGCAUGGCUUUGAAGCAAGAUUGAAGGGUGUCAACGUUCUGUUGGGGCCUUCAAUGGGACCUCUUGGCAGACUGCCGGCUGGCGGACGCAACUGGGAGGGCUUCGGGGCAGACCCGGUUCUCCAAGGCAUCGCCGCGGCACAAACAAUUCGCGGCAUUCAGGAGUCAGGUGUGAUCGCGACAGCAAAGCAUUUCGUUGGCAAUGAGCAAGAACACUUUCGUCAAGCCUGGGAGUGGGGAACUCCAAAUGCAAUCUCAUCCAACAUCGACGAUCGGACGCUUCACGAGCUGUACGCCUGGCCUUUUGCCGAGUCUAUUCGUGCCGGAGUCGCAUCGAUCAUGUGCAGUUACAAUCAGGUCAACAACAGCUACGCGUGCCAGAACUCGAAACUAAUGAACGGCAUCCUAAAAGACGAACUGGGCUUCCAAGGCUUCAUUCAAAGUGACUGGCUUGCUCAGAAGGCUGGUGUCGCUAGUGCGCUGGCCGGUCUAGAUAUGAGCAUGCCUGGUGACGGCCUGAAGUGGCAGGAUGGUAUCGCCCUUUGGGGAGGCGAGUUGACGAAGGCCGCUUUGAAUGGAUCUGUACCAAUGGAGCGGCUGAACGAUAUGGUUCUGCGCGUUGUCGCCUCUUGGUACCAACUUGGACAAGACGACUCCUCGGUUUGGGGAAACAAUUCUCUGAGUAACUCCGCUACAUUCAGCAGCUGGACAAAUGAGGAACGAGGCCGCCUGCAUCCUGGUGCUUCUGGAAACAAUGACACCGAUGUGGUGAACUAUUUCGUUCCCGUAAGACAGACCGAAGAGGGUGGCGAUCACGAUGAAGUAGCACGUAAAAUCGCCGCGGAGGGUGUUGUUCUGGUCAAGAACGAAGGGUUCACGCUGCCACUUUCAAAGGACGGCGCCAACUUCCGGCGUGCCGAAUCUGAUGGCAAGGUCAAGGUUGGCAUCUUUGGAGAGGACGCAUUCGCCAAUCCGAGAGGACCAAACGCAUGCGAGGAUCGAGCCUGUAACGAGUGGACGUUGGGUAGCGGUUGGGGUUCGGGCGCUUCUCUAUUCCCUCACCUCAUCGCGCCAUUCGAUGCUUUGAAUAAGACGUUUGACGAGGACAAGGUAAACAUCACGGCCUACAAAAAGCAAGCUGCGAAGCAUGCGGGUGCCAUUGCAGAAAAGCAAGAUCUGUGCAUGGUAUUCGUCACCGCUGACGCUGGUGAAGGCUUCUUGAGCUACGGUGACAUCCGAGGAGAUCGCAAUGAUUUACAGGUCCAAAAGCAUGGCAACACGUUGAUCGUCGAAGUUGCGAAGAAGUGUGGCGGCAAGACUGUCGUCGUCGUGCACUCUGUUGGACCAACUCUGGUGGAAGAAUGGAUUGAUCUUCCUGACGUGCAUGCGGUUCUCAUGGCGCAUCUUCCAGGUCAAGAGAGUGGCAACGCGUUAGCGGAUGUCAUAUUUGGCCAUGUGAGCCCGUCUGGACGUCUUCCUUAUACGAUCGCCAAGAAAGCAGAAGAUUAUGGCCCGACAAGCAAGAUACUGACAUUCCCGAACCACGUUGUGCCACAACAAAACUUUACUGAGGGCCUCUACAUCGACUACAGAUACUUCGAUAAGCAUGACAUUAAACCUCGAUUCGAAUUCGGAUUUGGGCUUAGCUAUACCGAGUUUGAACUCUCUUCACUGACCGCCGAAGUGCUUGGAGCGAGCAGCACCACGCCAGCGACUCGUCCUCGCGCAGCCGCGCAUCCACCGCGUCUCGACACGACUAUCCCUUACCCAGCCACUGCGAUCUUCCCAGAAGGAUUCAACAAAUUGAAGAAGUACAUCUACCCUUACAUUGACAGGGACGACAUCCCGCAAACAGGAGGUCAACCAGACUAUCCACCCAGCUUCGACCCAGCAAAGCCACACCCACUUUCCGAGGCAGGCGGCGCCGAAGGCGGCAACCCAGACCUUUUCACUCCCGUCCUCGAAGUCUCAACUCAAGUAUCCAACAUAGGCGAUUUUGCUGGCUCAGCCGUUGUCCAACUCUACAUCAGCUACCCCGAUAACGUCAAAGACCAAGAUGGCGAGGUCGUCGAUAUGCCUGUCAAAGUCCUACGCGCUUUUGAUAAAUUCCAUCUCGAGACUGAUGGUGAUGAGAAGCAGAAAGAUGUGAAGUUCACACUGACGCGCAAGGACCUCUCAUAUUGGGAUACCAAACUACAGAACUGGGUCAUGCCGAAGGGCGAGUACACCAUUUCUGUGGGCUUCAGUUCGAGGGAUUUGCCAUUGAAGUUUAAAGUUGAUCCUUUUGCUGCGAAGGCGUGAACCGAUCCCGACGAACUGGCCAAAUGAAAAGAUGUGUAUGUGUAUUUCAUCUGGGAGAGCGGCGUUUUGGGUAGGGGAACUGGGCAAGCGCUGGUUCUGAGUACUGCUGGAAAAGCUUGUCGAAGCCCUGAGAUAGAGCGGCAGUGGGACUUGUUCUCUGCCAAAAAUGUGUAUUUGUAAAAUCGCG